AUGAAAGGUCCAGCUGUCAUCAUUUGCCGUCACCUUAUAUAUCUUACCACAAGUCAUACAACAGAAAAAGUUACUUACAGUGGGAACCAAUUAUGGAAAAUCACCAACGACAACAAAACCACGUUGAAACUAUUAAAAACUUUAGCGAAAGAAAAAUAUUUAACUCUUUGGAAGCUAAACGCUAAAAAAAUCGACGCUAUGGUCGACCACAAACACCUAAACCAUGUGAAAGAGAAACUUCUCGAAAACAACCAGAAGUACGAGGUUUCAGUCGAAGACAUCCAAAAAGCUAUAGACGAAGCAAAUCCCAAACCACAGGAAGAUCUUGACGAACGUAAAGGCUACCGUCUCACGUGGAAUCACUACCACAACUUGGACGACAUUUACGACUAUCUGAACUAUUUGGAGGUUAUUUUCCCUACAAUAUGUACCGUCAGUACAAUUGGAAGCUCAGUUGAAGGGCGUCCCAUUAAGCUCCUGCGAAUUUCGAACAGAAAUCCCAACAAUAAAGCGAUGUUCGUUGAAGGUGGAAUUCACGCUAGAGAGUGGAUAUCGCCAGCUUCCGUCACUUACAUCAUAAGUCAAUUAACUAGUAAUUAUGACAACGAAGCAUCUUACAUUAAAAAUCUCGACUGGUAUUUUGUACCAGUUUUGAACCCUGAUGGAUAUGAAUAUUCGCACAAUGUGGACAGAUUGUGGAGAAAGAAUAGAGCAAAAAACAAGAUAAGCAACUGUGUAGGAGUUGAUCUGAAUAGGAACUGGGGGUACGAUUGGGGCAAGAGCGGGUCGUCGAGCGAUCCUUGUAGUGAUACGUACAGGGGGACGAAACCGUUUUCGGAACCUGAAACCGCCAAUAUUGCUAAUUUUUUUAUUAAUAAUCCAAACAUUCAGUGGGUUGGAUACUUAUCGGUGCAUUCCUACGGGCAAAAUAUUGUUUACCCAUGGGGUGCUCCCAAUGUAAUUGUGGAAGAUCACCGGGAGCUAAAUGAUGUAGGGAUUCAAGCAGCGAAGAAUAUAGUGAGUGCCGGUGGAGAAAACUACACUGUUGGUCCAGCGGGAACAGUCAUCUAUGAAGCAUCAGGCAUUUCAAUGGAUUGGGCUAGAGGUUCUCAAGCUAUUAAAUACCCUUAUUCGAUAGAACUAAGAGAUAAGGGAGAUCACGGAUUUAUACUUCCAGCGGAGUUCAUUACAGUUACUACCAAGGAAGCAUUAAUUACAGUUAGAACUAUGGCACAAAUCAUUAAUAACUAG